AUGCCAGACAUUGAGAAGAGCUCCCGACUGGCAGUGAGGCUUGGAAUUUCACAACUGGUAGCACAGCUUCUCAUCAAUCGGGGAAUUGAAACGGAAGACGCAGCGCAUGCGUAUUUGUAUCCAACACUCAAUCAGCUGCAUUCCCCAUUUCUGCUGUACGGGAUGGAGAAGGUGGUCGAGCGCAUCCGUUUAGGGAUGAAUCGUGGCGAACAGAUUUGGAUCUUCGGAGAUUAUGACGCAGAUGGGACAACAGCGGCUUCGCUCCUGAUAAACACGUUCCGGCACCUUGAUUUCCCCGUGAAACCUUAUAUCCCUAAUCGAUUUGAGGAAGAUAUGGUGGAGUUCGCUAACGCGCUUGAUAUAGAUGUCAUUAUCACUGACCACCAUCAACCGCGGCCCGAUGCGCUGCCGCCAGCAAUUGGACUCAUUACCCCCAAAAUGCCGGAGAGCGAAUAUCCCUUUGAUGGUCUUGCGGGAGUCGGGCUGGCGUUCAAGUUGGCGCAUGGGUUGAUGGGCGGUGGAGAUCUGGACCCGUUUCUGCAAUCUCAACUGGAUCUGGUUGCGCUCGGACCUCGAAUUAACGCCGCGGGACGGAUGGAGACGGCGGAUAAGGUGGUCAAAUUACUGACAGGCGAGUCCUAUGAUGAAGUAGUGCCAAUCGCCAAGGAACUUGAUGCCUAUCAACCUAAGGCGGCGGGAAGUGGAGAACAAAAUUCGGGAGCAGGCAGCCGCUACGAUUGA